GGUAGGAGGUCAUCGGUGGAACCUAAAACAGUUUAUGGCAGUUUGGGCCUUGGGGGUGGAGUGAAGAACAAUUCAUUUGAUGGCCGGUGGGUGGCCGCCGCUCGCAGUCAUUGUUUCACUCAGCCGAACCGCCGAGUUGGUGAAUUGUUGACCCGGCCUCACCCACUCGGCCACUCGCUUCCUCUUUCCCUUCCCGCAAGCGAUCCCACCAAUAAUGCGCUCUGUUCUUCAACGCUAAUCCCUUUGGCUGAGCUUCUUUCCCACCAGUGACUCGAUUUGACGCUUAUUCGUCCGACAUGGCGAGAGACCCUUCGCCGGAAAUCCCACUAAGGGUCAACUCAAGGCGAGGCAGCAACGUGAUCCACCCGGUGGAGAUCGAAACGGCGCCUGCCUCGUCCGCCGGUACUGUAUUUUUCGGAGAGGUCAAGCAUCUCCGGAAGUGGUUUCCAUGGCUGAUUCCUUCAUUUGUUAUUGCUAACGUGGCCUUGUUCGUCAUCACCAUGUUCGUCAAUAAUUGUCCCAAGAACUCGGUUUCUUGCAUUGCUCGGUUUUUGGGGCGCUUCUCCUUUCAACCCUUAAAGGAGAACCCUCUUCUUGGGCCCUCAUCAUAUACGCUUCAGAAGAUGGGGGCUCUAGAAGUGAGUAAAGUGGUCAACGGACACCAGGGCUGGCGGCUUAUCACUUGCAUGUGGUUACAUGCUGGGGUUUUCCAUAUACUGGCCAAUAUGUUAAGUCUUUUAGUGAUUGGUAUCCGGCUUGAGCAAGAAUUCGGAUUUGUGCGGAUUGGGUUGCUGUAUUUGAUCUCUGGGUUUGGGGGAAGUUUACUGUCUGCUCUUUUUGUUCAGUCAAAUAUAUCUGUUGGUGCUUCGGGUGCGCUUUUUGGAUUGCUGGGAGGCAUGCUUUCUGAGUUAAUCACAAAUUGGACAAUAUAUGCUAAUAAGGUGGCAGGAUUGUUGACCCUCCUGGUCAUUAUUGUAAUCAAUUUAGCAGUGGGAAUUCUCCCUCAUGUGGACAACUUUGCACACAUUGGGGGAUUUUUUUCAGGUUUUCUUCUUGGUUUUGUGUUUCUGAUCCGCCCUCAGUUUGGCUGGGUUAGUCAAAGAUAUUCUCCGCCUGGAUCUUCAACAUCUGCUAAACCUAAAUUCAAGAUAUAUCAGUGCAUCUUGUGGUUCAUUUCUCUGAUCCUUUUACUUGUUGGGUUAACCAUUGGCCUGAUUUUGCUGCUUCGAGGAGUUGAUGGAAAUGACCACUGUUCUUGGUGUCAUUACUUGACUUGUAUCCCUACUUCAAGGUGGAGCUGCAACAAAGAGCCUGAUUACUGCAUGUCAACACAAAUAGGCAACCAGCUCAACAUAACAUGCUCAAGCAGUGGAAAAACUGGUAUAUACUCAUUGUCCGAUGCAACCAGUUCCCAAAUCCAGGGGCUAUGUACUCAGCUGUGCAACUAGGGUUUAUACAAAUUGAUGGCCUGGAGACUGGCAUGUGCAGCUGCCUCCUUGUAUGUGAAAUUCAUCUGUGCAAAUGUGUUGCAGUGCUACUAUGAUGGUCUUCCUCUUGUCACAUGGCUUUUGUUCACUGUUAUAUAUAUAUAUAUAUUUUAUAACUUUGUAAAUUGACCUUUACAAUGGAAAUAAUAGCUUGUUUACUUGAUUUC